AUGAAAGAAAUUAAAAAAGUGCUUAUGUUGAUCACAGGUAGUAGACAGAGGCAAACAAGAGAGCAACUUGAGUUAAUCGACUUCAAACUGCAACAGAAUAUGGCAUUGGAUAUUUCUAAGGAGAAGUUGUUAAAAUUUCAAGCUGUUAAGUCAUUCAAGUUUGCCGAAAAGGACGCUUCACCUAUAACAUCUCUGAGCUUCGAUGAUUAUGGUCAAUAUCUCUUGACCUCUUCAGCAAAUGAUAACAUGCAUCUAUACCAUGCUGUCAGCUGUAAGUUCUUAAAUACGGUAGCCUCUAAGAAGUAUGGCUGCCAUACCGCUAAGUUUACACAUGCACAGUCUGAAUGUAUAUAUUCGUCCACUAUGAAAAGUUUUGAUAUAAGGCAUCUGAAUCUUGAAACGAAUCAAUAUUUGAGAUAUUUCACAGGCCAUGGUGCAUUGGUAAGCGAUAUUCAGAUGUCUCCGCUCAAUGAUACGUUUCUCUCUGCAUCGUAUGAUGAGUCAGUUCGAUUGUGGGACUUACGAAUUUCCAAAUCACAAGCGAUUGUCCCGAGUUUAGUCCCUAGUUGUAUCGCUUAUGAUCCAAGUGGAUUAGUAUUUGCGUUAGGGAACCCAGAAAACUGCGAAAUAGGGCUCUACAAUUUGACCCAGUUGAAGAGUGGACCAUUCCUGGUCAUAAAAGUGAAGCAGAAUUUUACGCGAUGGAACAAACUAGAGUUUUCAAAUGAUGGAAAGUAUUUGCUAUUAGGAUCAUCGGUAGGAAAGCAGAUGAUAUUGGAUGCGUUCGAUGGAUCUGAACUCUUUGAAUUAGUAGGAACGAAACCAUUCCCGUUGAGAGAGUUUAUGGACUCUGGAUCUGCUUGCUUUACACCUGACGGGAAGUAUACGCUUGGUACAGAUUACGAUGGAAGAAUUGCUCUUUGGAACCAUCAUGGCUCAAUUAGUAAUAGAACGCUGAAACCUCAAGGAUAUAUACCGGCAGUACCUGAGUCGUGCCCAAGAACCAUAGCGUUCAACCCAAAGUAUGCAAUGUUUGUAACUGCUGAUGAAAACGUCGAUUUUUAUGUAUACGAAGACAGUUGA